AUGGAAAAUCUCCGCAUCUCUUCUUCCCCGAAGAAGAAGCAGACGACGACGACGACGAAGAAGAAGAAGAGAGACCCCCUGAGCGUGGAGAUUCCAGAGACGACGACGAAAACGAACGAGGAGGAUUUGGCGGGAGAAAAAGAAGGAGGGACCGGUGAGACGAUUCAGACGACGAACAAAACAAAGACGGUGUGGACGAAACCUCCUUCUCCCGCGCGGCAGAUGGACAAGACGGACGCGUUGCUUUCGCCGACGAAAAUUGAAUGCGAGCAGAUAGAAAAAGAUAACGAUGCGAAAACGAUCGAUGAAUUACUGAUGGAGAGCGAUAUAGCGGACGUGGAUUUACCGUACGAUAAGAACGAUUCGGUGGCGUUUUUCGAUUUAGACCACACGGUGGUGGAUACGAACUCGUCGUGGUUGUGGGUGCAACACGAGGUGAACUCGGGGAGAGUCGGCGCGCACAUGAUAUUGACGGCGAUUUACUGGUUCGGGAGGUACGCUUUAGGGUACGGCGCAGGCGCGGAAAGAGCUGGGGCAGAUGCCGCGGAAACGUAUAAAGGCGUCCACGCGGAUAAGUUGAGAGGAGACGUGGAGUCAUUUUUUGACGAGGAGAUGAAGCAUAGAAUACGACCUGGGUGCGUGCCGGUGUUGAAAGCGCAUAAAAGCAGAAGUCAACGAGUGAUUAUGUGCACGUCAACGUGGCAGCAUCCGGCGGAAACCGCGGCGAAGAUGUUUGGUUUUGAAACAGAAGCGGACGACGUGAUUUGUUCGCACAUGCAAAUGGACGAGGAAGGGGUUUUGAACGGGAAGUUGGCCAAGAUUGCCUACGGCGACGAAAAAUACGAACGAACGAAAGAGUGGGCGAUAAAGAAUAACGUGGAUUUGAAAAAGUGUUAUUUUUAUACGGAUUCGUAUUCGGACGUGAAAUUGAUGGAGCACGUCGGGUAUCCCGUGGCGGUAAAUCCAGAUCCGAGGUUGUUGAAACACGCGGAGAGUAGAGGGUGGGAAAUAGUAGAUUGGGGGGUAGCGCCGCAAAGGGCGAAGAAACCGAGGUAUCACUACGGAUGCUUGAACGGGGCCAGGCAGUCGUACGCGUGA